AUGCGUGCAGCAAUUUUUUUCUGUGCCCUUUUGGGCCUUGCGACACUGUCAGCCGUGCACGGCACGGUGUACUUCCACGAGGAGUUUAAGAGCAUGGAACACUGGACUACCUCAAAGCACCGCGAUGACUUUGGAAAGGUGGAGAUUUCAGCGGGUAAAUUUUACGCGGAUGCGGAGAAGAGCAAAGGUCUCCGUCUGACGGAGGAUGCGCGGUUUUACGCCUUGUCUACUGCCUUCCCAACGCCCAUCAACAAUGAAAAGAAAAGCCUUGUUGUCUCCUUCUCUGUGAAGCACGAGCAGGAUCUGAAGUGCGGCGGCGGCUACAUCAAGCUGCUCCCCUCGAUGGAUCCCGAGAAGUUUCACGGUGAAACAAAGUACUGGCUGAUGUUUGGCCCGGACCGCUGUGGCUCACAGAACCGAGUGCACAUCAUCCUGCACUAUAACGGGGAGAACCGCGAGUGGUCAAAGAGAAUACGCUUCCCUGAGGAUAAACUCACGCACGUGUACACGUUGCACAUUGCCGCCGACAACUCCUACGAGUUUUUUCUGGACGGCGAGUCGAAGGCGAAGGGCCAGCUCGAAGAAGACUGGAGCCUGCUGCUGCCACGCGAGAUUGUCGACGAGACGGACAAGAAACCAGAGGACUGGGUGGACGAGGAGACGAUGGAUGACCCGGAGGACAAGAAGCCGGAGGACUGGGACAACGAACCCGCAAUGAUCCCGGACGCGGAUGCGAAGAAGCCCGAUGACUGGGACGAUGCGGAGGACGGUCCGUGGGAAGCUCCGAUGAUCCCGAACCCGAAGUCGAAGGGCACAUGGAAGCCACGUCAGAUUCCCAACCCGGCGUACAAGGGCGUGUGGGAGCCGCGGAAGAUUCCUAAUCCAGACUUUGUUGAGGACUCUGAGCUCCACAAGGUUCCGGAGCCGCUCACACACGUUGGCAUUGACGUCUGGCAGGUCGAAUCCGGCAGCAUUUUUAAGGACAUUGUGAUUGGCGAUGACUUGAAGGAGGUGUUGGACUUGGUGGAGAAGACAUAUGGUGGCCUGAAGAAAGCGGAGGCGGAUGCUCUUAAGGUCAUGGAGGAUAUGGAGAAGGAAAAGAGGAAGAAGGAGGAAGAGGAGGAGAGGGAGAAGGAAAAGGCGGAGGAAGAAAAGGAUGAAGAAGAGUUGGAAGAAAAGGGUGACGGUGAUAAGGAGGAUUUGUAA